AUGUCGAACCAUUCCAACGAUUCAUUAGAUUCACUCUUUAACUACGGGCCGAGCCGUGUAGACGCCGAGGCGAGAGGUGUAACAGGGUCCUCCGAGGCGUCUAUCUCGCCGAGCCCUUCCAACCGUUCAUCCGAAAGCAACGAGGCGCUCGCUCUCCAGAUGACGAGCCGUCGGUUUCGACGAGCCGCCCUCAAGGAGGAAGCGUUUCUCUCUGAUCUGUUCGAGGCGAAGCGUGAAUUAGAACGUCUCAUGGCAUCCCGAGGUGCUUCUUCAUCUGGGCGAGGGAAGCCAAAACGAGUGAAAAGACAAAAACCUGACCCGCCCGGCUCUACGCUCUCCUCCCCUGACUCACUCGAAUCAUUGAGAUGUCAUUUCGGGAUAUCCGAGGCGGUAGAGUUCGUCCUUCCGGAGAAGAAUGAUCGAGCCGACAAACCCCCUGAGAAUCAAUUUACUCUGUACGAGGCGUUCUUUGAGCUUUGUUUUCUCUGGUUCCCGAUCUGCGGAGUUAUCCUUGAGUACCUCUGGAAACAUGGGAUCUCAAUCGGGCAGAUCAUGCCGAGGGGUCUGCGGCACAUGAUCGGUAUUCUGAUCAGAAAAGCUCCGAAGGGAGACAGAUUUUACAUCUCCAACAAGUCCAACCGCCAGAUCAUAGGUGGUUUUCCAAGCAAGGAUCAGUUUUGGACCGAGCGCUUCUUCUAUGUCUUGGUGAACGAGGCGUCAGUUGGCGAGGAUUACGUUCAAAAAACCAAGACCGCUUGGGGACCACUUGUUCAGAACAUUCUUCCCCCAAUUCUCGACGACCUCUUUGUUGUCCGAGAUUCUCUUGCGGCUCGGAGAGUUAAUUGGAGGAAGCAUUUUUCAUUCGAGAGAGUGGAAAGAGCACGAGCCAUUCUUGCCGGAGUUCCUGUUAGCUCUUCGUCUUCAAAUUCCUCACUAGACACAAGGGAGAAAAUGGUGAUCAUUACACUUAGAGAUAAGAAAAGGCGUGAAGAAGAAGAAGCUGCGAGACGAGCCGCUAAGGCAGCUCAAACAGAGGCUGAGGCUGUCCCUCAGGAUGAUCCGCCGAGCCGUGGAGGCAAACGUUACCGAGAUGACUCUGCGGCGCGGAGUAAAACUCCUUCCAACUCGGCUAUUCUGGCUCUUCCAAAGUCAUCGAGGCCCCCGACUUGGGUUUUACAGAAGCAUGAUUCUGGCCGAAAACAUUCGGCCGCUGAUAAGGGGAAGGGCAUAGCUAUCCAAAAGGACGAGCCGGCCAAGAAGAAGCGCAAGCAGGCUCCCGGUGAUCCCGCUUCACGCAAACUGGUCGUCGACGACCCUGACGCCUCGGCAAUGAUGUUUGCACGUGUUAACAAUGUGAAUACGCGUCUUCCUCCUCUUGAGAAGCUGAGGAGACCGAGGUCGUAUGGCGCGAUGGCACAGCGCGGUACCAAGUUUGUAGCGGCCAUCAACGAGCUGAUGGUUGAAUACGAGGCGGACCUGUCUAAGGUCGAACGUCGCCUGGACGAGGCUCGGAACGAGACUGCGGCGGCGAAGGGGAAGCUGGACGAGGCAAUGACCAGGUUGUCGAGGCUAGAAGAGGAGAAGAUAGUUCUUCAUGCCGAUAUCGACAAGGUUUCCGCCUCGGUGAUUCGCCUCGAGGAAACUAGGAGAGCCAAAAGCGUCGAGGUGGCGUUGCUCAAAAGGUGUAUCGAGGCCAAGGAUGCCUUGUUUAACGCCAAGGUCAAGCGUGCGAAGAAGGAAGCGAGGCGAGAGCUGACGGCUAAGUUUCAGGAGCGCCUUGCCAAGGUGUAG